AUGUAAUUAAAUAUUUCCCGAAUAAAAUUACAUCUAUACAUUGUACGCUUCCCCUUUUUAAUAAGUCACGAAUCAUUUCAUUUCAUUUCAUUUUACUCUCAAUUUCUCUAUUACUCCAACUAGAGAGAGAAAAAAUAUAUCAUAGAGAUUAUUCCGAAUUAUGAAUGCUUUCUUAGUAAUUUUUGAGACGCUUUUACUUUGAUCUCCUUGUUUUCUGCUCAAAUUUCGCGAAUUUAUUCCAGAAAUUUAGUGCUUUUUUUCGUGAUCGCCGGUGGUUGAAUUAUUCCUGGUUUUUAGAUCUUGAAUUCCUGAUUAUUUUUGGCGCUAUUACAGAAUUUCAAGUGUUUUUUCCGGUUUCCUUCUGGAAAAAUUAAGCUGUUUUCCGGUUAAUUAGUGGUUUUCCGAUGAUAUGAUGGCGAGAGUUAAUAAUAGCGUGGAUACUGUAAACGCCGCCGCCGCGGCGAUCGUCUCCGCUGAGAGCCGUGUACAACCUGGUUCACUUCAGAAGAGAAGAUGGGGAAGCUGUUGGAAUCUUUAUUGGUGCUUUGGGUCUCUUAAAACCAGCAAGAGGAUAAGCCAUGCUGCCCUUGUCCCAGAGCCCACUGUUACUGAGAGUACAGAGGCCAUUACCGACAACCCAAACCCUUCAACCUCCAUAGUAUUUCCAUUUAUUGCGCCCCCAUCCUCUCCAACUUCUUUUCUGCAAUCAGAUCCACCAACUGCAACUCACUCACCUGGUGGAUUGCUUACCGUAACUCCCCUUUCUGCUAAUGCCUUUUCCUGUACUGGGAAUGCUCAUAUGUUCACCAUUGGUCCCUAUGCCCAUGAGACUCAACUAGUCUCACCCCCUGUAUUUUCUGCUUUUACUUCUGAGCCAUCCACUGCUGCUGUGACUCCCCCUCCUGAACCUGUGCAGUUUACCACUCCAUCAUCACCUGAAGUUCCAUUUGCCCAAUUGCUUACUUCAUCACUCAAGCGUUCAAGGAGGAACUGUGGGACUAAUCACAAACUUGCACUAUCCUGCUAUGAAGUUCAUCAUCUCAUAUCUCCUGGCUCAGCAAAUUCAGCAUCUGGCACAUCUUCUCCUUAUUUUGAUAGGCGUCCAAUGCUUGAGUUCCGAAUGGUAGAUGCUUCCAAGUUGUUCGACUCAAAGAGUUUUUCUACUCGUAAAUGGGGCUCAAGACUGGGAUCGGGUUCUCUUACUCCAGAUGGUGCAGGAUUUGCACCCUAUGAUGGUCUACUUCUGGAAAAUCAAAUCUCAGAGGUGGCAUCGCUUGCUAACUCAGAAACUGGAUCCCCGAUUGCCGAGGCUCUCAUUGAUCACAGAGUUUCCUUUGAGCUUUGCCGGGAAGAUGUUUCGAUAUAUUUUGAAAAGAAAGUGACGGAGGGUCAGCAUAAAACAAGGGACCAAUACACAAGAAUUAAUGAAGCCUCCCACAAAGUUGAAAAUUGUUGUCUGUGUUCUCAUGAGGUCUUAAGCGAAACCCAUGAGUCAACUUCAGAUGUAACAAAAGAUUGUCAACACAGGAAAUCCUCUCUUUCUCUUGGAUCAGUUAAAGAAUUCAAUUUCGACAGUAGCAACAGAGAAAUCACUGGUAAUUCAAAUCUUAGCUCGGAAUGGUGGGCUGAUGAGAAUGUUGGGAAGGAAGUUGGGGCUCAAAACAAUUGGUCUUUCUUUCCAUUGCUUCAGCCAGGAGUCAGUUGACAUUCUCUCACCGGAAUGCAUGGGCGCAUGGCUUGUAACCUUUCUGGUUAGCGCUGAAUAUAUAAUCCCGGACAGUCGAGCAACAGAAACGAAUCAAGUCAAAUGUUUAUACAAAGAUACGUUCUUUUGCAGCCUGACAAAUGCUGAUAAUGGUGCGCCGAUCAAUCAAUCUGUGGAUGAUGCAUUUGCACAAUGUUUCUGGGCAUGAGAAAUAGGUUGGUGCUCUUUUGGUAUUACAAUUACUUCCUAUUCUACUUUGUAUCACUUAUCCCGAUGCCAUACAUAAAAUAGGGUUUUGUUAUUAGCAUGACUUCAUAAAUGAAUGUAUUUUUAUCAUUCAGUGAGAAUGAUCAUAACUUUAAUCAAUCCAAUUACAUAGCUACUGCUAAAAUUCUACCA